CCUUCUCCUUUCUCCUCCUCCUCCUCGUCACACCUCUGCUCUCCACCAGCUCCACCAUGUCUGGUUUCACCAUCCAACUCAUCCACAAGGACUCUCUACUUCAUCCGGCCACCACCAACCUCUCCACUCCUCACCUCACCCGCCUCCUAGCAAAAGCCUCCCACUCCCUCUCGCGCAGCCAAGCUCUCUCUUCUCCUUCCACGACCAUCCUCUCCCCAGUCAUCCCUCACAACGCCGACCACCUAAUGAAAUUCUCCAUCGGGACUCCCCCUGUCCGAGUCCUCGCCGUCAUGGACACCGGAAGCGACCUCACGUGGCUUCGCUGCCUUCCCUGCUCCGACUGCUACACCCGCUCAGUCCAUCUCUUCAACCCCUUCCUUUCCUCCACUUACCGAUCUCUCCCUCCAAACUCCCCAAAAUGCAAACAAUUCGACCCCAACACAAGCCCUUACACCCCAACCUGUUCUUACAAAUACAACUACGGAGACGGCUCCUUCUCUUCCGGAUUCCUCUCCACCGAGACAUUCACGUUCGAAUCCACUACAGGUGAACCAAUCUCCAUUCCAGAAAUAAGCUUUGGCUGCGGCCAUAACAACAGCCCGAGCUUCGACGCCGAGCUUUUCGGUCUAGUGGGUCUCGGCGGAAUGAGCUACUCCCUUAUCUCUCAACUCAGUCCCCAAACAGGCAAGAGAUUCUCCUACUGCUUAUCACCAUUUCAAGACAAUACGUCGACCAGUUUCCUGAGCUUUGGCGACAAGGCGAUAGUGACCGGAAACAAUGUCGUCUCCACCCCGCUUGUGGCAAAGGCGGACAAAACCUUCUACUUUGUGACGCUGGAGGCGAUAAGCGUUGCAGGGAGAAAGGUGGAUGCGACGGCGACGGGGGAAGGAAAUAUGUUCAUUGAUUCGGGAACGACGGUUUCGCUUAUUGAUAGUGAAGUUUUUGAGAGAUUGGGAGAUUUGAUAACGGAAGUGGUGAGGUUGGAUUGGAAGAUGGAUGAAGGGAAUACGUUCAAAUGCUACGAGGCGAGGAGGAGGGAGGUGUUUCCUGAUAUCGUCUUUCACUUCGCCGGCGGAGCUGAUGUGGUGUUGGAGCCAUUGAAUGCGUUUACGGAGCCGUCGGAGGACGGGUUGGUGUGUUUGGCGAUGCAGGCGACGAACGGGACGGCGAUUUUUGGUAACAUGGCGCAGCAGAAUUUUCAUAUUGGGUAUGAUAUUGUGGGGAGGAAUGUUGCUUUUGGCGCUACUAAAUGCGCUGAACUGGGAAAGCAAUUAUAAAAUUAUUAUUAUUAAUUGAAUAAUAGAAGCGUGUAUAGAGGCUUUGAGA